UAAACAAAAGCACACGUGAAAUUUAGGAUUUUAGCGAUUUUCGAGGAUUUUAAGGAGUUUUAAAGGAUGAAAGCGCACGACAACGAGCCUUUUGUGGAUUUGCACAAUGUUGAAUUCUAUAAUUUUACGCCGCGAGCAAUUUUGCACAUGAAAAGUGAUCGAAAGGGGCUUUUAGCGGUUGCGAGGUCUGAUAGAACGAUCGAAGUAUGGAAUAUUGCUUCAGAAGCCCCAAUUUUGCUUCAAACUUUGUAUCCAAAAGGAAAUUUCAUUAUUGAAGGUCUUGCAUGGGCUCAAGGGCAACUCUUCAGUGUCGACAAUGACGGACAAAUGCUUCAAUGGGACCUGAAUUCGGGCGAAAUUCAUAAAAUUAUGCGAGUAACGGGCAGUGCUGCGUCUUGCAUCGACGUUAGUCCAAAUGAAGACUUAAUUUGCGUCGGCACAGAAGAAGGAUAUUUGAAUAUUUUUUCAGUUUCCGAGGAAAAUGGCGUUUUAUAUCAAAAAAUCAUGGAUAAACAAGAAGGAAGAGUCGUUUGUGUGACUUUUGAUCCAACGGGAAAGCUUUUGGCAACAGGAAGUGUCGAUAAUUUACGAGUUUGGGAUGUUCAAACGGGUCAUGUGUUGCACAAAAUGAGCGUUCCUCGUCUCGAAACGAAAAAAGAAGCGAUUGUUUGGUGUGUGACGUUCGUUAAAGACUUGAAAAUUAUUUCGGGAGACUCUACAGGACGAUUAACGGUUUGGGAUGGAAGACUCGGAGUGCAAAUUUCCUCACUUGUGGCAUCAAAAGUCGACAUUUUAGCGAUAACAGCGACAGAAGACAUGGAAAAUGUCUUUUGUUCGGGCAUUGAUCCCGAUAUUAAGUCAUAUUCGGAGAUCACAAUCCGAAAAGAGGGCGAAGAAACACGACAAUGGGUGCGUGGAAAGGGUCGUUUAAUACACAAUCACGAUGUACAUGCGUUAGUUUGGCACAACAAAAAGCUUUUUUCGGGAGGACAAGAUGGAUUUUUAACAAUUUCAUCUUAUCCGCCCAAAAUUGUCAACAAAUAUGGACCAUUUUUGGCAUCUCCUUCAGCUACAAUUAGUCAGGAACAGCGAACAAUCCUCUUGAAAUACCAAAAUUACCUUGAAAUUUGGCGAUUGGGAACGACAGAAGCAAGAGACGAACCCGGAAGACAUGAUAUUUCAUUGAAAAAUCAACCUAAAAAACUUCUCGAGCUCAAAAGUAAACACGGAAAACACAUAAUCGACGCGAAAUUGUCUCCAAAUGGUUCGUGGAUUGUCUAUACGACUCCUGAACUCACAAAAAUCUUCAAUUUUGUCGCUGCUGAAGACCAAAUACCAGAUUUGCGUAUCGUUGAUGUCCCCGAAGAGAUGCUCGGAGCACAAAAAAUCGCCUUUAACGGAGCAAGUGACGUAAUUUUCGCCUCAAACAGCAACAAAUCCAUUCAAAUUUUCACUUUGGGAGUCGAUUCGUGGCAACAUACGACGACAAUUGACACUUCGGGACAUCUGAGCGGCGUAAUUCGACAGCUGGAGGUCUCAAGUUGCGGAAAAUUUCUUGCUGUGAUGUCGUCGGGCAAUGACGUUGUACUGUAUCACUAUCAGAAAAAGUGGCAAAAGCUUCUUUCGUUGCCGAAACACAGUCAUGCUCCAACAGCAAUGGGUUUCAGACCGCAAUGCAAGUCAAUUGUCGUUGCGUUUGCCGAUCAAAAAGUCUUCGAGUACAAUUUCAAAGAGAUGUCUUUCGUUUUUAGCAGUUUUGUGGAUUGCGGCAAUACGAAACAUGCCAUUAAGGGAGUGACUUUUGAUCCGAGACGAGCUGAUGUUGUGUUGCUGCACACGGAAUUGGGAAUUAACGUUUUGAGAAUGAUGACGGAGGAGGAAGAAGAAGACGAGGAGCAAAAUAAUUCGAUAAUUCGGUUGAAAAAGAACAAGAAAGGGAGUGAAAGGAGAGAUCCUGAAGGAAAAACUGUUGUUAAGACAGUCAAAGAGUAUGAACAUCUAAUCCAUCUGGAAUGGCUUCAAGAAAAGGAACUCAUUGCUGUUCAUAUCAACACUUUACAACUCGUCGAGCAACUUCCUCCGGCGCUCAAACAAAAGAAGUUCGGAAUAUCCUAAAAUCCGCCUUUCAUCGCUCCAAAUAAACAUUUUUUCUUUAA